AUGACGGUUCACCAUGAAGUAUCUCUGCUUAUUGUAGAGAUCCAACUGUUUGCCAGUAAAAAUUCAGAUGGACAAACUAGUGCCAAAUGUGGUGUUCUGUUCAAUGCCUAUAAGUGCACCAAUAUCUUUGAGGCUUUGGUUGUGAGGGCUGUCAAGAGGAAAAAGAUCAUUGCAUUUGUAGGGGAGCUGCUCCUGCAAGGUGUCCAUGACAGUGUUGAUAACCAUCAGCUUCAUUCUUCAAUGGGUCGAGGGGCGGGGCCAUGUUUCGUCAUGGAGGCAGGAGGAAAACAGAACAGCGCCUGA